GCGCUUGGUGCAGGACGCAAGAGCAAUCAGCCCGUCCCCCUCCGACUCCCCGGUGCCGCUGCCGCCCGCUCCCGCCACCCGAGGAGGCGCGGUGCCACCCACCGCUCCGUCCCCUGCCCGCGCUCAGUGCCCGACCCGAUCCCGGCAGAAUCUCCCCAUCCUCCCUCUGCUUUCCGACUGCCCAAGGCGCUAUUUGUUUUCUCUCUCUUUCUCUUUCUUGCUCUGCGAGCGCGGAGCGAGGGGGAAGAGGAGGAGGAAUUCUUUCCCCGCCUAACGUUUCAAGGGACACAAUUCACUCCAAGUCUCUUCCCUUUCCAAGCCGCUUCCGAAGUGCUCCCGGUGACCGCAACUUCUGAUCCCAAACUGAGAGGGGAGCCUCCCAACUUGAAACCCUCUUUUCCUUCUCCUUCGCUCUCCGCCUCCUCUCGCUACCUCCACCGUCACCUCCACCUCCGGCACCCACCCACCCUGCCGCCGCCACCAGCAGCGCCUCCUUCUCUCCUCCUCCUCCCCUCUUCUCUCUUGUUGGCAGCCGCUGGACGUCCGGUGUUGAUGGUGGCAGCGGCGGCAGCCUAAGCAGCAGCAGCCCUCGCCGCACGCCAGCUCUCGCCCACCCCGCCUCGUUCUCCAGCCCUACCUCGCAGUCUCCCGAAAGGUGCUGGGCAGAUUCGGGGCGGCAGAGGCGAAGCGGCUGCAGCGGCGGUAGGAGCGGCGGCGGCAGCGGUAGCGGCGGCGGGAGGCAGGAUGAGCGCACGCGGUGAAGGCGCCGGGCAGCCGUCCACUUCAGCCCAGGGACAACCUGCCGCCCCGGCGCCUCAGAAGAGAGGACGCGGCCGACCCAGGAAGCAGCAGCAAGAGCCAACCGGUGAGCCCUCUCCUAAGAGACCAAGGGGAAGACCCAAAGGCAGCAAAAACAAGAGUCCCUCCAAAGCAGCUCAAAAGAAAGCAGAAGCCACUGGAGAAAAACGGCCAAGAGGCAGACCUAGGAAAUGGCCUCAACAAGUUGUUCAGAAGAAGCCUGCUCAGGAGGAGACUGAAGAGACAUCCUCACAAGAGUCUGCGGAAGAGGAUUAGGGGGCGCCAGCAUUCAAUUUCUACCUCAGCAGCAGUUGGAUCUUUUGAAGGGAGAAGACACUGCAGUGACCACUUACUCUCUGUCGCCAUGGUCUUUCCACUUUCA